UUUUGAAACACCUUUUAACAUAGCACUUAAAUCACAUCAUAUAAACAAGCUUUCUUCUGCUGCUGUUUUUAUCUCCAAACAGCACCAGUUUGGCAGGAAAGUAAUCAUGCUCAUCACGAAAUAACGGUUGAACACUGAAAGCUCAGGGGUCAAAGUGUACUCCUGCCACGUACACCAAGUAUUAAGAAUGCUUCUCAGGAGGUGGUGUUCCCUUCUUCAAAGACAUGGCAUCGUCAUGCACCACAGGAACCAUCUGAUACAUGGUAAUUUAUUCAAGAUCCAUCCAUAUGUAUCCAAAGCACUGGCAGAAAACAAGCCAGUGGUGGCCCUAGAGAGUACUAUUAUUACCCAUGGGAUGCCCUAUCCUCACAAUCUGAACACAGCCAACGAAGUAGAGGCAAUCGUAAGGGCCCAAGGGGCUACUCCUGCUGCCAUAGGAGUUUUGCAGGGCAGGGUCCAUGUGGGCCUGUCCCAGAAAGAGCUCGAAUUCCUUUCCCGUGGUGGCACCCCUCUUAAGGUGUCCCGCCGAGACUUAGCCUAUGCUGUCAGCAAGGGUCUGUCAGGAGGCACCACUGUGUCGGGUACCAUGAUUGCUGCCCACAAAGCUGGUAUCUCAGUCUUUGUAACUGGUGGAAUAGGAGGAGUUCACCGGGAUGGAGCGAAGACAAUGGACAUCAGUGCUGACCUCAUGGAACUUGGAAGGACACCAGUUGCUGUGGUUUCAGCUGGGGUCAAGUCGAUCCUUGACAUUGGCUGUACCUUGGAGUUCCUGGAGACUCAGGGUGUUUGUGUGGCCACAUUCGGAGAGUCCAAGGAUUUUCCAGCAUUCUUCACUCGUCGGAGCGGCUUCAUUUCCCCUUACAAUGUGGCUGACGUCCAAGAAGCUGCAGAACUGAUAGCUAGUGCCUCAUGGCUGGGGUUGCAAAGUGGCCUGCUAGUGGCAGUGCCCAUCCCAGAGGAGCAUGCCGCCCAUGGGGAGGAGAUUGAAGAGGCCAUCCAGGCUGCUGUAGCAGAGGCCAGUGCAAUGUCUCUGCAAGGCAAAGACGUGACCCCCUUCAUUCUGCAACGGGUCAACGAGCUGACCCAAGGGAGGUCUCUUCAAGCCAACAUUGCUUUAAUGAAGAACAAUGCAAAGAUUGGCAGUCAGAUCGCCUGUGCUCUGUCCAAGCUUCAGAGGACAAAGAGAGCAGCACUGCCAUCCUCAUGUCUAUCAAAUGGUCCACGUCUACAUCCCAAAACCGUGGUCAUUGGUGGGACCAAUGUGGACUUUAUAGCUAAAGGAAAAACGGAAAAGUUAAUGUUUGGGCAAACAAAUCCAGGAAGUGUCUUCCAGUCUUUCGGUGGCGUAGGAAGAAAUAUAGCUGACUGCCUUAGUCGACUUGGUGAAGUGCCUCUUUUCAUCUCAGCCAUCGGGUCUGACUUCCACAGUGAUGCUGUCCUGAGCUACUGUGCGCACAUGAACACAAGUGCAGUUGCUAGGAUACAAGAGCAAAGGACUGCAACCUAUUGUGCUGUGAUCACCGAGACUGGGGAGCUGAGCCUCGGACUGGGUGACAUGGACAUUCACCAGAAAAUCACAGACCAGUAUGUGUCUCAGUUUGAAGAGAAUCUUUCGUCAGCCCAGUUACUGGUUUUGGAUGGCAACAUUCCAGUGCCUACCAUUGACUAUAUUUGCUCCGUGGCAAGGAAACGUGCAGUCCCCGUGUGGUUUGAGCCAACUGAUUCAGACAAGGCUUGCAAACCCUUUCUGUCUGAGAGCUGGAAGACUCUGACCUACACUUCACCCAACCUGAUGGAGCUGUGCACUAUGAACCGGACUUUGGGUCUUCCCACACCAAAAGUGCUCCCUCAAACCCUGGAUGAAGUGCUACACUGUGCAGCACUCCUCUCUCGCCCCCUCUUGGAGCACCUGCGCUGUGUAGUGGUGACCCUGGGCCCAUUGGGAGUGUUAGUGUGUGGAGAGCGCAGGGAUGGAACCGUGUGUCUGAAAACUAAGACAGGCCCACCAAGUGGUCUGUUGAAUGCUGUCCACUACCCUUCCAUGAAUGUUCUGCCUGAAGACAUUGUAAAUGUCUCUGGAGCUGGAGACAGCCUUGCUGCGGGUAUGAUAGCAGGACUCCUCCAGGGGUGGGGUACAGAUGACUGUGUGCACAUGGGGCUCCUAGCAGCUCAGCUUUCUCUGAAGUCCCCCCACCCUAUUGCCCCAUCAGUAGACAAAAACACGGUCAGCUUAACGAAGAUCCGCUCCCUGGCAUGGCCCCCCUGCACCUGUCUGUGGAUGGACCAGCUGAGUGCCAGUGUCUGAGAGGAACUGCAUGACCCUACGUUCACCUGUGUUAUCACACAUCAUUAGCUAUAGUGAACCAAUGUGUUCCAGUCUGCAUAAGCAUAUGAUCACCAAAAUGAAGCUUAACUAUAACGAUAUAAUAACACACACACACAUUUUCAG